GAAAGCUCCAUCUCUCUCUAUCUCUCUUUGUCUGAAAACAAGAAUGAAGCUUUAGCAAUGGAGGACAGAAAAGCUAAGAUUGUAGCUGCAACGUCGAUCAUCACGCUCGUUAUCUUCAUAAUCGUUGCACGAAUCUCUCUCAAACUUUCCCCAACUUUCUUUCUCAUUUGUGGGGCAGGUGUUGCUGUGAUCCUUGCUGUGUUUGUAUGGCUAGUGAUCAGACAUCAGUACAAUUUCCGGAGAAAGAUUUUGGAAUCAAAACACGCGUCAGAAGGCCGCGAGCUGCGCGUGGAGUAUAGCUUUCUUCGAAAAGUUGCAGGGGUUCCUACGAAGUUUAGGUACAAGGAGCUAGAGGAUGCAACAGAUCAUUUCGAGACACUGGUUGGGAAAGGGGCUUCAGCUUCUGUUUACAAGGGGAUUCUAAGUGAUGGGACUCAAGUGGCAGUGAAAAAGCUCGAUGCAGAGGAGCGCGGCGAGAGGGAAUUCAAGUCAGAAGUUGCGGCAAUUGCAAGCCUGCAACAUAUCAAUCUUGUGCGCCUUCUCGGGUAUUGUUGUGUUCCUGCAGGACCGCGUUUCUUGGUUUAUGAUUUCAUUCCAAAUGGAUCGCUGGAUUUGUGGAUUUUCUCUCAAAAGGGAAGGCAUAUUCGGCGUGGGGGGUGCUUGCCUUGGGACUCAAGGUACAGGGUUGCAGUUGAUGUUGCUAAAGCGCUUUCUUACCUGCAUCAUGAUUGCAGGUCAAGGAUUUUGCACCUUGAUGUGAAGCCAGAGAACAUACUUUUGGAUGAUAAUUACAGAGCAAUUGUGGUGGAUUUUGGCCUUUCAAAACUAAUGGGGAAAGACGAGAGUAGAGUUAUGACCACGAUUCGGGGGACUAGAGGCUACUUAGCUCCUGAGUGGCUCUUGGAGCAUGGAAUUUCUGAAAAAACGGAUGUGUACAGUUAUGGAAUGGUGCUUCUUGAGAUGAUCGGAGGGCGGAACGUUAGCUUUGUCGAAAAUGGCAAAGCCAACGACAAGUCCCACAGGAAAAGGGAGUAUUUUCCCCAAAUUGUUAUUGAAAAAAUGAGAGAAGGCAAGCUUAUGGAAGUUGUUGAUCAAAGGCUAAUAGAAAGCGGAGGCAUUGAUGAAAGGGAGGUAAAAAGACUUGUUCAUAUAGCUUUGUGGUGCAUACAAGAGAGGGCUAGGCUUAGGCCUACCAUGUCACAUGUGGUGGAAAUGCUCGAGGGCCGGACGCCCGUGGAGGAGCCUCCCGACACCCAAAUGGUGGUUGUCGAUUUUUCGGCAAUGGAUGAAGAGGCGGCGAACGGCAAUAGGAUGCCAAAGAUUGGUGGUGCCGCCUUGGCAACACAAAUAGGGAGCAAUGAUGCAUCCACAUCAACAUGGUCAUAUGAAAAUGCAAUGUCCAUGAUAGCCCCAAGAUAGGUCCAUAGACAUGAUUGAUUAGUUGCUUCUUAAUUUAUAGAUAUUUUAGUCUAAACAAUGCAUUUUUUAGGUUCACCAAUUUUUUCUUCGUGGUAAAUUUUAUGCUCCUUUAUAUAUAUAUAUAUAUAUAUGAACAUCUUU